GUAUAAACGUAUCUCAUGACACGUAUUGAUAAUUGUCAUCGCUAAACUGGGCUGAAUUUCGGUGCACCGGAGCGCAGAAAGAGUGAAAAUAGUGACGAAAGCCAUAAAUUUACACCACUUUAGUGCAGGAAAGGGCCUCGCGUUCAUAUCCGACAGUUUCCCGAGCUGUAUGCGCUAUCCUGUGUUGCACGGUUUGCGUUAGCUGCGCCUGAGAAAAGUGACUUCAGCUCUCGGUUCAACAAGACCACAGAAAACUGCGGCGAUGGCGUCGGGGUCUGAGGGAAUGUCGUGUUACACGAUAAUAAAUCCACCCGAAAUUGAGCUAUACAAUGAGAUGCAGAUUAAGCAGGAUCUCGAGAAGGGUGAAGUGAACGUCAAGAUCGAGACGAUGAAACGAGUCAUCCAGCUAAUGUUGCAGGGCGAACGGUUGCCAAAUCUGCUGAUGACGAUCAUUCGUUUCGUGCUGCCGCUGCAAAAUCACACCCUCAAGAAGCUGCUGCUGAUUUACUGGGAGAUUGUGCCGAAAACAUCGCCCGACGGAAAGCUGCUGCAGGAGAUGAUACUGGUCUGCGAUGCGUACCGGAAGGAUCUGCAGCACCCGAACGAGUUUCUGCGCGGCGCUACGUUGCGCUUUCUGUGCAAGCUCAAGGAACCGGAGCUGCUGGAACCGCUAAUGCCCACCAUUCGCAGCAGUCUCGAGCACCGUCACUCGUACGUACGGCGCAAUGCGGUGCUGGCCAUUUUUACCAUCUACAAGAACUUUGACUGGCUGGUGCCGGAUGGGCCGGAGCUGAUUGCCAACUUCCUCGACACACAGCAGGACAUGUCGUGCAAGCGCAACGCGUUCCUGAUGCUGCUGCACGCGGAUCAGGAGCGGGCGCUGAACUAUUUGGCCUCCUGUCUGGACCAGGUGAGCAGCUUCGGUGACAUUCUGCAGCUGGUGAUCGUCGAGCUGAUCUACAAGGUGUGCCACGCUAAUCCGGCCGAACGGUCGCGCUUCAUUCGCUGCAUCUACAAUCUGUUGAACUCGUCCUCGAACGCGGUCCGGUACGAGGCGGCCGGUACGCUGGUGACGCUUUCCACUGCACCGACCGCCAUCAAGGCGGCCGUCAGCUGUUACAUCGAUCUAAUCGUAAAGGAGAGCGACAACAACGUCAAGCUGAUCGUGCUGGAUCGGUUGAUAGCGCUGAAGGAGAACGAAAACAUCGAACGCAUCAUGCAGGAGCUGGUGAUGGACGUGCUGCGGGUGCUGAGCGCCACCGAUAUCGAGGUGCGCCGCAAAACGCUUGCGCUGGCAAUGGAUCUGGUUUCGUCGCGCAACAUCGAGGAGAUGGUGCUGGUGCUGAAGAAGGAGGUGUCCAAAACGCACAACAUCGAGCACGAAGACACGGGCAAGUAUCGGCAGCUGCUCGUGCGCACGCUGCACACUUGCUGCAUCAAGUUCCCGGAUGUGGCCGCUGCCGUCAUUCCCGUGCUGGUGGAAUUCUUAUCCGACACGAACGAGUUGGCCGCCGGCGAUGUGUUGGUGUUUGUGCGCGAAGCCAUCCAAAAGUUUUCCCACCUGCAGCCACUGGUCAUCGAGAAGCUGCUCGAAGCGUUUCCGGCCAUCAAGUCGGCCAAAAUCCACCGCACUACGCUGUGGAUUUUGGGCGAGUAUGCCAACUCGCUGAAGGACAUUAUGGAGGUAAUCGGGGUCGUUAACCGUGCGCUGGGUGAGGUACCGAUAGUCGAGGCGGAACAGAGCCGUCUGGCCGGAAACGACAACGCCGAGGAAGAGCAAAAGUCAGCCGAAACGACGGUGAACAGCACGAAUAAAGUGACAUCGGACGGCACGUACGCUACGCAGAGUGCGUUCAGCGUUGCACCGGUUGCCAAAAAGGUGGAACGGCCACCGCUCCGCCAGUACAUGAUGGAUGGGGACUUUUUCGUUGCGGCCACCCUUGCCUCAACGCUAACGAAGCUGGCCUUAAAGUUUAUCCAGCUGGAGCCGAACGAAAAGAAGCAGAAUCGUCUUUGCACCUGCGCGAUGCUUAUCAUGAGCUCCAUUCUGCACCUGGGCAAGUCCGGUUUGCCGACGAAAGCGAUCACCAACGAUGACACCGACCGGAUCUAUCUCUGUCUCAAGACGCUCACCAUGCGGACGCCCGAGAUUGUUGAAAUUUUCACUCAAAGCUGCAGAAACGCGCUGGCCAACAUGCUGAGCGCGCAGAGCAACGAAAAGGCGCAGGAGAAAAAGGACAAGCAGCAGAAGAACGCGGCCAAAAUUCAGCCCGACGAUCCGAUCGCUUUCACGCAGCUGGCGAACGGUAAGCACGAUCAGCUGGGCGAGAACGUGUUCGAGCUGAGCUUGAACCAAGCGCUGGCCGGUACCAAGAGUACCGCCCUGACCGACAUCGCGUCCCCGAACAGCAAGCUAAACAAGGUGACGCAGCUGACCGGUUUCUCCGAUCCGGUGUAUGCGGAAGCGUACGUGCACGUGAACCAGUACGAUAUUGUGCUGGACGUGCUGAUUGUGAAUCAAACGAGCGACACGCUGCAGAACUGUACGCUCGAGCUGGCCACGGUCGGGGAUCUGAAGUUGGUUGAGAAGCCGCAUCCGGUCGUGCUUGCACCGCACGAUUUCUGCAACAUCAAGGCGAACGUGAAGGUGUCGUCCACGGAAAAUGGCAUCAUCUUCGGUAACAUUGUGUACGACACAACGUUUUCCUCGAACGUGGUCGUGCUGAACACGAUCCAGAUCGACAUCAUGGACUACAUCCUGCCGGCCACCUGCACCGAUACCGAGUUCCGCACGAUGUGGGUCGAGUUUGAGUGGGAGAACAAGGUGUCGGUCAACACGACGCUUACCGAUUUGCAUGACUACCUGCGGCUGCUGCUCAAGUCCACCAACAUGAAGUGCCUCACGCCGGAAAAGGCACUUUCGGGCCAGUGUGGUUUUAUGGCGGCCAACAUGUACGCGAGGUCGAUUUUCGGCGAGGAUGCCCUAGCAAACUUAAGCAUCGAGAAGCCCUUAGAUCGACCGGAUGCGCCCGUAACCGGGCAUAUAAGAAUACGCGCCAAGAGCCAGGGCAUGGCUCUAAGCUUGGGCGAUAAGAUCAACCAUACGCAAAAGUGUUUGCAGGAAAAAUCGGUUGCCGCUUAAUACACUCCACCGCCGCGUUCUUAGUUGUGCGAGAGAUUCUAGUAUUCUUGCCCCGUCUGCGUGUGUGUGUGCACUAAUUGCGAAGGGGUAAACAGAGAUGAUGGAUAGAAAGAAAAGCUGCUCGAUGAAUUUCAAUUACAGCAACACACACGGAACGGCAGGUGCAGGGGAUCGCUUGUUUCCUUUGCUGCACACUCCUUAGUUUACAUGCGACACCAGAGUGCAGCAGAUCCGUUUUGCCACCAGCAUCAUGCACUUUGGGAGGGGGGUAAGACCAUGGGGGUAUCGAGUCUCCAUUCCUAUAUUUUAUCUUUUUUUUUUUUUAAAUAGUAACAGUUAUCUAUUCGUGCACCUAUUAUUCAUUAACGGAGGAUUCUUCCGGCAUGAAUUCUAUCGCAAAAUAAAUAAGAAAAUCUGUUUAUCCAUUCA